AUGAUUCCCAAAGAGGCGCCGCAACGUCCGGGUCACAACUCCCAGCCUAAAUACCACAAAUCCACCGAGGUCGUUAGGUCUGAUAACGACACAGUUGUUGACCCAGAACGAUUCGCCCAAUUCUCAUAUCAAGGGGAAAUCAUUCCAACUGCUGAACAGAUCAUUGAUCUGGCUGAGAACGCUAAAUGCGAGGCAGAUCGCAGAGAGAUCUUAUCACAAGACCUCAAAUCAUGGACUACAUUGAACGAAUUCCUCAAAGAAUCAAUUCUAAAGUUACAACACUUCGUCAACAAACUCGACCCUGAUUUAAGACGCGAGUUAUCCAAAGAGUUUUAUCCUAUGUUACAAGCAACGGCCCCGAAUGACGAAGAGAGCAGAGAUCGAGUGGCUUCAUCACGCAGUCGGGUUUUGAAAAAAUGGGGUGACGACGAGCGCGGCAAGGAAAUCAUCAAGUUACUCUGGGACGGAAGCGAAGUAUUCCAUGCCAGCGGCACAAUGAAUAAAUUGGCACAAUUGGGGGAAAGCUAUGGACCAAUCGACUUUACACGAGCAAUCAAUCUCCAAUGUUUACAACGCAUAACCGAGAAGCGACUGGAUCCGUCGAAACGUAUUAGAGGAGAUAGGAAAUGGAUUGUACAGGAUAUCACCAAGGCGGCUGCUAAUAGAAAGAGUGUGGUCACUCCAGUAACACCGUUGGACGCUGACCUCCUGCGUGCUACUCGUUGUCGGCUCAACAAUCUUGCCAUGGUACAACAGGCCAUCGAUAAAGGGAAGGCGCCUAAGGUUUUUGCGUCAGAAAUGGAUGCGACAUUCGUUGAGAGAAAGGAUGCCACAUCAAAUCGCCCACUCAAGGUACAAGACACCCGCCAAAAACCCAAAGGACAUGAUUCAGAAACAGAACUCGAAGACUACGUCGAGAAGCCCGAGAAGCCCACGGAAAAGCGCGCGGCCGAGCCCCUUGCCCCGCUGGACUCAAAGAGAAUCAUGCGAGAACAACCAACUCAAGUACCAUAUGGUAUUGAAGAUCAUAAUGAUACCGAAGUCGAACUCUAG